UCCACUUUGGGGAGGUUUAAAGUCCUAUAAAGCCAAAUACAGAAAUCUUUAGAGUCCAGUUCGACUUGAACAUAAAGAAAAACGUCUCGGCUAACAAUAAAAGCCAUGUUCACACUUUUAUACACUCUUGCUGUGUGUAUAUUUUGACGUUAUUUGCAGAGAGAAAACACAAGUGACACACUUUUACUGCUACGCUACUGAGGAGCAGACUGAGUUGAGUCUCUACGGUUCUCAUGAUGUGUUUAAGUCCCUCUCUUUGUCAGGAUCUUGGAUUCAUUCAGUGAAAGCAGAGUGAACAACGACGGAAAGCGAAAUGUCUGAAGUUCCACCCGCGGAAGCUCCCGCAGCUGCCCCAGCUCCCAAGGCCGCCAAGUCCGCAAAGAAGAAGGCCCCGAAACCCGCAAAGAAAACCGGACCAAGCGCCAGUGAUGUGAUCGUGAAGUUUGUGGGCGACUGCAAGGAGAGGAAAGGCGCCUCAGCGGUAGCCAUCAAGAAGGCUUUGGCUGCGAAGGGUAUCGAAAACUCCGGUUUGUUCAAGCGGUCCCUGGCCAGGUUGGUGGAAAAGGGUGUAAUUGUUCAGACAAAGGGAACCGGCGCAUCUGGAUCUUUCAAGCUCUCCAAGACCGCCGCGAAACCCAAGGUGGCCAAGAAGAAGGCUGACAAGCCCGCCGCUAAACCCAAGAAACCGGCAAAGAAACCCGCAGCCAAGAAGCCGGUAGCUGUCAAGAAACCUAAAGCAGCAAAGACUACCCCCAAGAAGGCAGCGAAGAAAGCCCCGGCAAAGAAAGCAGCAGCCAAGAAGACCGCAGCUAAGAGCCCGAAGAAGGCGAAGGCAGCUGCCCCCAAGAAGAAGGCAGCCUCCCCGAAAAAAGCAGCGAAGAAGGCGGCCAAGCCCGCCAAGGCUAAAGCUGCCAAGAAACCAGCAGCAAAGAAGACAAAAGCGGCAAAGAAGUAAUUCAACGAGUUUAUUAUCAACACAAAGGCUCUUUUAAGAGCCACCCACAUCCUAAACUAAGAGCCCAUUCCUCUCAUACACAUAUUUAGGUCUGCAAAUGAGCAUAUUUGGGUUAUUUUUUUCUUUGGGAGUGCGGAAUUCCUGGUUAAUGUUGUCAGUGAUACAAAUGAUCCAAUUUUCUCUCACUUUUAUUAACUUUUAGUCCACUGUGAAAAUAAGGAAGACUUGUUUCUGGGCAAAGUCCUGGAUUUUCUGUUGGUUUUCUGGCAUCAAACAAUAGCUACCCUAUUAAAAGACAUUGGGGUAAAAGUAGGUUUUCUCGAAAGAGAGUCGAUGCACAGUUGUAGGUUUAUAACUUUUGAAAAGGGUAUACAGAGCAACCUGUUUUAAAGAUAGAUAGAUUAAAAAAAACUGUCUAUAAACAUGAACAGAAGGCAGUCAUAUUUUCAGUUCGAUACCCCCCAUGGAUGUACUCCCAGGCUUCACAGACCUGGCGGGAAAACUCUUUUCCACUAAAAAUCAAAAGGUAUGAUCAGUGAAUCAGAGUCCACUUUGUGUUAUCGAGUGUCUCUGAUUCAGACUGAUGUUUGUCUCUUCUUGUACAGGUUGUGAUGAACGUGGCUGAAAAGGGUCAAAAGAAGUAGAAAUUAUGAUUCUUACAUCAUUUCUGCACUGAUAGGAGUAAAAAAACAGUAAAACAACAAUUAUACAUUUUACUUGUUGUAAAGCACUUUUAUGAGUCACGCCCUUUAGAAGAGCAGCUACCAGACCAAUUUUUCAUAAAUAGGGCAUAAAAAAUCCCUCUCCAGGAGGAAGCCUGAACACUGUUACACAGGUGACAGCAUUAUCCUCUCUAUGUAAUCAUCCUUGCUGGUGUGCUCUGCCUACUUAAACACAUAAUCCCAUAAAUUACCAAGACAACUGUUAAACGUUUUCCCUCUUAAAAGCAUACCCUGCUGUAGUUAUUGUGUAGAAGAAGACUGAAGGUAAUGGAGGAGGAUGAAUCAGGCCAUAGAAGUCCUGAUCAUUUACCUCCUAUUAUAAGAUAAAGGUUAUUUUAAUUUGUUAGCAAUUGUUUUGUGUUAUAAAAAUGUGCCGCUGCCAAUGUUGGUGGAGACAGAGAGAAUUUUAAAGUCGAAUAAUGUUUGAACAAAAGCAAAUGAAUCGUAGUAGGAAGGAAUAUCCUCUAUAAAAGUGUGGUACCAUUCAUUACAUUCAAAAUAAAAAUCCAGUCAGCUCAGGGAGAAGAAAGAAGGAUGUUAGCAGGUCAUUUAUAUAUUAAAGAGAGUUCCAUUAAAACUAUAUAAGAUACAAAACUUAGACUAUUAGACAAGACUAUUCUACAAAAUUCUCUAUAUUGCAAAUUACUCUAUCUAUCUAUCUAUCUAUCUAUCUAUCUAUCUAUCUAUCUAUCUAUCUAUCUAUCUAUCUAUCUAUCUAUCUAUCUAUCUAUCUAUCUAUCUAUCUAUCUAUCUAUCUAAACAGCAUGCAAUUAACAAUUUAAAGAAGUUAAGGAAAAAUAUUUUCCUCUCAAUCUAACCAAUAACACGUUUGCACGGUCAAUAUUCACUUAAUUUAGAAUGACAAAAAGAUAGACACAAUAUAUGUAUUCAUUUAUCUUUAAAUUAACGUGUUUGUAUAUUUUAUUCAUGAAUUACAUCGUGUGGUAUGAUUGAGUAUAACAGCCCCC